GUCAAAAUUUUAAAAAUAAAAUCAGCUGUUUUGAUUUCAUUUUCAAAAGUUCCUGUUUAUAUCUUUUGACAACUAUUUUCCAUACAAUAUUUUCGAAAUAUGAAUGAAGAAAUUGACGAAAGCGAAUUUUACCAUCAAGAUUUCACAACAGCUUCAGAAUGGGAGGUUUUUAUGGCGAGAAUGGAGGAAAUUAUAAACCAAUGGAAAGUUGAUGAAACUAAAACUGAAUGUGUUCCAGAUGUAGCAAACACAUGGAAAAUAAAAGCUGAAAAAAUACAGUUUGCUGAUACUGACUUUAGCUUAUUUUUAUAUUGUAAACAAACUGAGUGUCCUGAUACAUCUGACAGUGAUGAUGAAAACGAAAAACAUAAAAGUCCUAUAGACAACUUAUAUGAUUUUGAAUUGUACAAUGAGUGUAACAUUGAAGAUCAUUCUUGUAUCUCUUCCUGGUAUGGUUUGAAUGAAUAUAUUGUACUGUCACCAAAUAAUAACACUGGAAUCACAUCAGAAAGUAAAAUUAAAGUACUUCUUAGUUCUGCUUACAUUGUAUCCAGUAAUUUAUUAUCAUCAGGAAACAUAAGUUAUCCACGGCCUAUCUUCGUUCAGAUCAGAGAGAAAUGGCAGAAAUGCUACUUAGGAGUCUUCGAAAAUGAAGUAAUGAGAACAAAUUUUGAAAUGGUGCAUUUACGAAAAGGUCCACCACAUUGCAGCUACCUUACAGGCCUUUUAGAUUUAUUUAAAACUAAGAUAAUGUCAUCUUGUGGUAUUGAAAAUAUUCUAGUUUCUGUACAGCAGUCAUAUACUUUAUCAGAUUUUGGCCUUCAUGUUUGGAAGCAAGACUUACUUUCUGAAGCUCACGAUUUGAAAGUUCUUGUUUUGCCGUUUGGAGUGACUGUUGAACCCAUUAAUUCUCUUGUGCUACAUACUACUUGGAACCAUGUACCAAACCAUUUGAUAGUUGACAGUGAAAAUUACACAGAUUUUGAUCCAAAAGCUGCAAUGAAAUGGUCUUUACUGGUCAAAACUACAACUGAACCAGUUUGUCUGUUGGCUGAUGUGCUUACAGAGUUUUUCCAAAAUCUUAGUAACCAAUCUUUAAUUUUUGAUAUUUUGGGAGAUUUUGCUACAUUGCCUAGUAUUGAUAGCAAUCCACUGGAUUUGUUAACUGAACCUGCUGUACCCACUAUAUCGAGGCUUUUAAAUAGGGCUUCUAGAGUGUCCACUUCCCGGAACAAAAUGACCAAUAAUCCACCUCUCAGUGAGUCUGUGUUGGUACUAUUAUUAUAUUUCUUAUUUCCUGAUGCAGAUGAAUCCACAACUGUUCCAUAUGGGCUAGAAGAAAAGGAAAUUGAAGAUUCUUCAUCACCAGCUUCUCCUAAAAGAUUUGAAGCAGAUUUCAAAGGUUUUAAGACAUGUUCCAUCGAUUCCCUUCCAUGGCGCUUGUCCAUUGUACUGGCACAUUGUCUGCAGAGUCUAGGAGGAAUCAGAGCCUUCGCUCACAUCUGGUACGAGUUUGUUCAAGAAAUGAGGUAUCGUUGGGAUAAGUCUAUGCCUAUUCCUGGUUUACCACUUGGUUUACCAGACCUGCGAACCUCUCUACUAUCUCAAAAGCUGCAAAUGUUAAACUGUUGCAUCGAGAGAAGAACUUGUCGAGAAAAUACUCAGCAAUCAACUUACGACUCGGCAGAGGGUUCAUCAACAGAUGAUGAAUUUUACGACUGUUCCUCGGAAAAACCUGCUGACGAAAAGGCCAAAGAGAAGUAUUCUCUGUGGAAUCAACCUGUAGGUAGAAAAAACAAAUUUGGUAAUAUGAAGUUACUGAAAACUGGAGAUCCUCUGUACAUUCCUGUUACUCAAGAACAAGUAAUAAAAACCGAAGACCAGCUUCAAGAAGACGCCGAUUUUCUCCUUAACCUCGGCUCUGACGCCGAAGCUAGCGAUUUGAGAGCCAGAAUGAUGAGUUCAUCUCUUCUAUCCGAUAUGGAAUCGUUUAAGGCCGCAAAUCCAGGAGCUGCGGUGGAAGAUUUUAUUCGUUGGUACUCGCCUAGGGAUUGGAUCGAAAACGAUAAUGAAUUCGAUGAAUGGGGACAGAAGGUUGGUCAAUUAAGUCCGAGAAUGUUAAUAGAAGAAAACAAUAUAUGGGUAGAAACAUGGGAGUCUGCUAAACCCGUUCCGGCUCAUAGACAGAGAAGGUUGUUUGACGAUACUGCUGAAGCUGAAAAAGUUUUGCAGUAUUUGGAAAUGAGGACAGUUUCGCAGAUUUGCGAGCUGAUGAUACCAAUCCUCUCUCAUUGUGCCAUCUAUCGGAUACUAGACGAAUAUCAGACUGUCAUGGCGGAUCACCAGGAGUUCUCUAUACUAUUAUCCAACAUUCUACGCCUCGGAGAACGUUUGUCAAGAGAACAUAAACUUCAACCGCGACGAUUUGAAGCUUUUAUCCAUGAAGUAACGUCGAUAGAGCUUUUGAUCUCUCAAUUCAAUUCUUUACAAUACAAGUUAAAUCCAUCCAAAAAUAUUAAUGAAGAAAUAGACGCUUUUGUUAUGAAGCUCGUUACAGGACAGGAAGUGGAGAUUCAAAACAAAAGCCACUCUGACAUCGGCAAAAGAAUUAUUGCUAUGUUCGGUGACGCCCAAAAAAGUAUUUUAGGUGAUCAAACUGGAGAUGAAAGAAAUCGUGAAAACGCAGCGUUUCCUACACCGUCAUCUAGGGAAUUUGUUAUGCGAGUUAAUGCUGUCAAACCGGCCGUUUAUUCUGCCAAAUGUCCACAGUUGCUGCGAGCUGUUUUAAGUAAAGAUGAGUUUAGAUUAGUUGGUGCUUUUUCGGAGGAUACAGCUUUCUUUUAACUUCUGCUAAUAAUCUAUAAUAUAUUCGUAUUUUUCCUUAUAUCGGUAAGCUAAUUGAAUAUUCUAUGUGAUAAGAUUAUAUAAACUAUAAAUUUUUAA